GACAUUCAACGGAAACGGUUCUUUGCGACCGAAAGAAAAGUGAGAGUGGAAUAUUCUCCGACGUUUAACACACAUAUGAAGGAGAUCUUCACUCGUAAAGUAGGCAAAAUGAAAGUGGUGUACGCAAGUGCGUGAAAGCAUGAAUUAAUGCUUUUGAGAAUAAAUUAAAAAACACUUAUUUAAAGCCGCAAUCCAAUUUAAUUACGGUGUACGAGAUUAAAAUCAGUUAAAAUUACUUCGCAAUUUGCGUUAAAUGGCGAAAGCGGUUUUAAAAACCAUCGAAUUAAUUAGUCAGAUUAUUAUCAAUAUACGAGCGUUUUAAAUUUACAGUGGAACACAUUUAUGUUUUUUUUUUUUUAAAUUACCUAAGUGUGCUUAAUUAAUUGUUACGAAUUAAAUAAUCAUAGAUCUAAAACCAAACGCAAAUGUAUCGGUAAAUAUAUCUACUGUGAACCUUAAUCGAAAUGAAAAUAUAAAAAAAACAUAUUUAAAAUUGGUUACACACCCUAGAAACCAUGGAAGCACACAGAGCGAACGAAGAUAACUUUAUUCGGAGACCGCCUCCUCUCAUAUACUACACGGCGUCUACACCCAACAGCGCCAAUAUUACACAGUCGAUUUUAGAUCAAAGACACAACACCGUUACCAGUUCCGUUACUGAAGUUUUGGAGAUUUCAAAUUCAUCGACCGAAGAGUGGACACAUUUCUACGAUCUUAUGCUGUCCUGGCAAGGCAUUUGUUUGAUCGCAAUUUUUUGUGUGCUCAUCGUAAUAACAAUGCUGGGCAAUACAUUAGUAAUAAUGGCGAUUAUAACCACACGACGCCUGCGCACCGUAACAAACUGUUUUGUAAUGAGUCUGGCGGUUGCGGAUCUUUUGGUGGGCAUUUUCGUUAUGCCACCUGCGGUAGCCGUACAUUUAGUGGGCUCCUGGCGUCUCGGUUGGAUACUUUGCGACAUUUGGAUAUCGCUCGAUAUAUUGCUUUGCACCGCGUCCAUACUCAGCUUGUGCGCCAUUAGCGUGGACAGAUACCUGGCCGUGACAAAACCGCUGAAAUACUCACGUAAACGCCGUUCGAAACGCUUGGCGCUGCUAAUGAUACUCAUUGUUUGGAUGGUGGCACUGGCGAUAACUUGUCCGCCUAUGCUCGGCUGGUAUGAGCCGGGACGACGUGACCGAAACGAGUGCCGUUACAAUCAAAAUAAAGGAUACGUCAUAUAUUCGGCCAGUGGCUCCUUCUUUUUGCCAAUGAUUGUGAUGCUUUACGUUUAUGCGCGUAUUUCCUGCGUCAUCGCAUCGAGGCAUGACAAACUGAUGCACACCAGCGUGCAUUGCAAGCGAUUCAGACGUUACACUACCGUUGAUAACUACAAUUAUGCAGAGCAGGAUUUCUUCGAGUUGACACGCGAGAAGGCCCCAGAGCAGCGUAGAUUUUCCAAUCAAACUAUCAUUAAUGAGCUAACUGAAGUCAUGGUGCCCGAUAUAGAACACAUCAGACCUCUGCUCAACUUACCAAAGACGAAUAGCGGUAAGGGUAAAAUCAACGAUUUGACACGACCCGUUUCAUGGAAAACGCAACCAAGUACGGUGUAUCAGUACACGUCCAAUGGCAAACGGCAACAGUACGCCCACUCGUGUCCGCCUGGUACGAUAGCACAUAUGCAGCAGCCACGCGGGUCUCAACCGCAACAACAACAACUGAGAUCCUUGGCCAACUGCAUAAUUUCGCUGAGGAAAGAGCACAAGACUACACAAACGCUGAGCAUUGUGGUUGGCGGCUUUAUUGCCUGUUGGCUACCAUUCUUCAUUUACUACUUGCUUACACCGUUUAUAGAGCCGCGAAAGGUCAGCCUGGCCCUUACGCAUGUGCUGACCUGGCUGGGCUGGCUGAACAGUGCCAUAAAUCCCUUCAUUUAUGCAUUCUAUAGCAUCGACUUUCGCGUGGCCUUCUGGCGACUCAUCUGCCGACGCUUCUGCAGCAACAUUAUGCGACCGCAAAUGCCCACCACCACUACAUCGAUGCGGUUGUAGGCGCAGCGCUCAGUGGAGAACCCAGCAGAUGGGCGCACAAUCGAAAGUCAAUGGGCAUUUUUGAGCAGGACACAUCUGUGUUGUCAUUGUUGUACACAAACUGAUUUGACACACAUACAUAUGUACAUAUAUUUAGAAUUAUAAGCUGAAAAGCGUUUUAUUGGUGGUGCAUGCAUCGGACUAUGUUUAUGUGUAAGAUGUGCUCCAUGUUCGUAUAUACUUGUAUGUAUGGUAUAUGUCUUAUAAUAUCUAAGGCUAUUAGUCAAGCAUUGUGCUCAGCAUCCAUGUGAAGAGACUUUUAAUAUGGACGGAUCGAUUGAGUUGUUUUAUAAUCGCUAAGAAAGGUUUACCUGGUCAAUUUACCUAUUGUAGGGUCGCAUUUUUGCACGUAUAUCAUUGUGUGUGGUAUAUGGUAUAUGUACAGAAUUCUCUAUUUAUCCAGCUACUUGUCUUACACUGACCCAAUGGGCAAAAAAUGCGACUGUUGGUAUAAAAGCCUCAUCGUUUCGAAGAACAUUAAGCCGUUCCAAAUGUAAUUGUAUUUACUCUAAUUAAUUAAUUUAAAACAAAACAUAUUUGUUGCUUUUAUAUAUAAAAUAUAUAUUAUUUAUGAAUCAGUUCAUAAUUUAAGUAUUUUGUUAUACAUAUAACGGUUGUUUUUUAGACGUGUGGUUUUCUAUGGGACAAUACUCUUUUCUGAGUUGUCUUUUUGACAGCUGUUUCUUAAUUUAAACUCAGUUUGGUUUGCCAUUUCAUAACCAGACCUACUUCGGAACAAGAUUUGCAAAUCGUGCAAAUUUAUUACCAAAAUUAUGCUACGAUUCGCACAAAGCAUCGCGCGUUGCGUCCAAUACUCCGAUUCCCCAGCCACACAUGGUGAAUAGCCGCAAAACGAGAUGGCUACCGAUCCCGAUUUUCAUAAGAAAAUUUUGUUCAGCAAUGAAGCUCACUUUUUGUUGAGCGCGUACGUUAAUAAACAAAAUUGUGAUGAUAAGCCACAAGCCAUUGUUCAGACGCCGUUACAUCCUCAAAAAGUCUCUGUUUGCUGUGUCCUUUGGGCGGCGUGAACCUAUAUUGCUUCAAAAAUGAAGUCGGCUAUAAUGAUUCAGUCUAUGGGGAGCGCUAUAGAGCCUUAAUUAAUGAGUUGUUCCUGCCUGAACCCGGUGAUGUUGAUAUGGGCGACCUUUGGUUCCAACAAGACGACGCUUUAUGUCAUACAGCCAAUGAAGCAAUCAAUUUAUUGAAGAAAAACUGCAAGAUCGCUUGACUAUUUUUUGUGGGAUUAUGUGAAGUCGCUUGCCUACGCAAAUAACUUCAGAAUAUUAUUAUUAUUUCUUUUUGAAAACCACAUGUCUAAAAAAGCACCCUUUAAUAUAUAUUCAUGUGUGUACUGCAACUCUGAAAAUAUUCAAGUAAACUAUUUUAUCUGAAAGGGUAUGUUAUAGGAAGACCAAAUAAACACACAUAUUGUAUAUGUAAAUAUGUAUAUAAGUCCAAAUAAACAUGUGUAUGAAACCAUAUAUGUUAUUCUAUUUAAAUA